AUGGCACCGAAAAAACAGGGGACGAAAAGAGAUGCAGCGAAAAAAGACGCCAAGAAAGAAGAUCCUGAGGAACAAAUGCGCAAAAAGUUCCGCGCUAAAUGCCAGUUUCGCGCCCUCGGACGACUCGUGUUGGAGAACCGCUACUGGCUCAUAGAGGGCGUUGAUGAGUACGAGGGUUUAGACGAUGUGAAGCGCCGUGUGGAGCAAGCCGUCAGGGGGAAGCACAAGAAGAAACAGUUGUUGAACAUAAACGACAAAGCAUUGCUGAACAAGCCUGCAGAAGAGCGAACGUUGCUAGAACAGCAAUAUCUGUACCGCAUUUUGGGUGGAUUGAAGUGCUUCAAGCGUUAUCCGAACCACGUGAAGAAAAAGCUAGCGGCAGCAACGUACUUCAAAUACUACGGGCCGAACCGCGUGAUCGUCCGCCAGCACCACGUCGCCCACGCGAUGUACUUCGUGGUGACUGGCGACGUGACCGUCAGCCAGCUCGUGUACGACGAGCUGCUGCAGCAGCACGUGUCUGUGGACGUGGGCACCAUGGCCGCCGGAGACAUGUUCGGGGAGGUGUCCCUGCUGCACAACAUACCGAGGACGGCCACUGUCACUACCAAUGGUCACUGUGAGUUGCUGGCGCUGAUGAAGGAAGAUUUCAAGAAUGUCCUCCAGGAGUCUGUACAGAAGCAGUGGGAGGAGGUUCGCCGUGCUAUGUCAGCGUUCACUUACUUUGAUGCUCUUGAUGAGGUAGCGCGACGCGAAGGCUGUAUAGUAGCCAAAAUGAAGUCAUACGGUCGAAACGAGACACUACUGGGAGAUGGAGUGGGAGUAGCGAAUUUCGUAUACUUCGUACUGUCCGGGCGCUGUCAGAUGAUUGAGUCGCUCCAGGUCAUCGUGACUCAGCACCUGGGUCGUAGUCACUACACUUUGUACGACCCUUAUGUACAUGAAGAGGAAAGUGAAAAGGAUUUAGAGGAAAAAUGGUUUGCCGCCUAUAAAAAUAGGAGAAGAAGUACUUAUGAUGACAGCUCAGAGUUUGAAGAAGCAGUGUCUCAGUAUAGACCAAAGAGGAAGAGUGCCAUCGAUAGCAAAUCAGAAAUGAUCGUUAAGAACAUCGUGAUGCUCACGCCUGUUGACUUCAUGUUGCUGCCCAAGGUGUGGUUGUUACAACGCAGCACUGCCAACAUCUGGACAAGGAUACAGCACUACCUGGAGAAGAAGGUAACUUACUUACUUACUACAGUCGUUAAGAGCAUCGUGGCGCUCACGCCUGUUGACUUCAUGUUGCUGCCCAAGGUGUGGUUGUUACAAUUACAACGCAGCACUGCCAACAUCUGGACAAGGAUACAACACUACCUGGAGAAGAAGGUGAUUCCAACGAAGAAAAAGCUGUUCAAAGAGUUUGUGACAGCGCGUCGCUGGCGAGACUUCCGCGACCAAGUGGUCUCAGAUGUGGUGGCUCGGUCCAACGCUGUCAACUUCACCUCUGUUCAUGACUUGGAUCCCGAGGAGCAGAUGCGUAGAAAGUUUCGCGCCAAAUGCCAGUUCAAAGCGCUCGGGCGACUCGUUCUAGCUAACCGCUACUGGCUCAUAGAGGGCGUUGAUGAGUACAAGGGCGUCGACGACGUGAAGCGGCGCGUGACGCAGGUCAUAAGAACCAAGCAGCUGAAGAAGCGGUUGUUGGAUAUACAGGACAAAGCUUUGCUGAAUAAGCCAGCGGAAGAACGAACCCACCAGGAGCAGCAAUACCUGUACCGGAAAUUAGGUGACUUGAAGUGUUUCAAACGAUAUCCCAAGAACGUAAGAAGAAAGCUGGCAGCAGCGACAUACUUCCGCUACUACGGGCCGAACCGCGUAAUAGUACGACAGUACCACGAAGCUCACGCCAUGUACUUCAUAGUGAAUGGCGACGUGACGCUCAGCCAGCUGUUCUACGACGACCUGCUGCAGCAGUACGUGUCCGUGGACAUGGACACGAUGACGGCCGGAGACAUGUUCGGGGACGUCUCGCUGCUGCACAACACGCCCAGGACUUCCACCGUCACCACUAACGGUCACUGCGAGUUGUUGGCUUUACUGAAAGAGGACUUCAAGCACGUGCUACAGGCGCUCGUGCAGAAGCAGUGGGAUGAGGUGAAGCGAGCCAUGUCUGCAUUCACCUACUUCGAUGGACUUGACGAGAUGACCAGACGCGAAGGUUGUAUAACAGCGAAGAUGAAGUCGUACGCCACGAACGAGACGUUGCUAGGCGACGGGGAGGGUGUGGCUAAUUUCGUAUACUUUAUACUAUCGGGGCGCUGCCAGAUGAUAGAAUCUCUACAGGUCAUAGUCAGGACGCACCUCGGACGCAACCAUUAUACGCUGCACGAUCCCUAUGUACCCCAACAAGAACAAGAACUGUCUUUAGAAAAAAAAUGGUUCGGAAACAAAGACCCCACACCCUCCACAACCAAAUCCGUAACUAUUACCGAAGAUGAUACGAGUACUUCGCAGCAAGAAACCAAACUCCACGGGGUUCUGAAGAAGAGGUCUCAGAGACGAGAGAGUGAUAGUAAGCUGGGGUGGAGUCAAACGGUCACGGAAGUUAUUGAUGAUGAUGAUGAUGAUGAACAGGCUACGUCGAAUAUGGUGUUGAAACCGCCUAGCGAGAUUUUGCAACGGACUUCUGUGAGGUUAAGUGACCCAAUCCCGAUACCGGAAGUCCAAAUCCCAGAGGCAAAGACUGCGCCACUUAAUUUGCGAACUUAUUUCAUGCAGGUAGUAAUCUUCAACCCUGGAUCCACGUUCGGUUUCGGAGAGAACAUGCGUGACCGACGAAUAGUGGCACUUACGCCUGUCGACUGCAUGCUUCUGCCCAAAGUCUGGUUGCUACAACGCAACACUGCCAAUAUCUGGACUCGCAUACAGCACUACCUUGAGAAGAAGAUCCCCACAAAGAAGCAACUGUUCAAAGAGUUCGUCUCAUCGCGCCGCUGGCAAGAGUACCGAGAUCAGGUGGUCUCAGAUGUGGUGGCUCGCUCCAACGCUGUCAACUUCACCACUGUUCAUGACGUGCCUUACUCGAUACGAAUGGAGGAAAUGCUCGAUAUUUAG